AUGGUAUACUCGCCAUUCUCUCUGCCGAUCGAGUCGUCGCAGAUCAAGCUGCUCAAUAUGGCGCGUAAGCUGAGCGUCGCUGUUGUCGCAUACUCGCCACUCAGCCAUGGACGAUGGAAUUAUCCCUACUUCUGGGGCAACAAGGCCAGAGCGAUUGGCCAAGAAUUUGGCUAG